AUGAUCAAUAUUCUAAAAUGGGAAUUAAAUGGAGCUUCAGUCGCAAGAAUCGCAAAGUUCCUAGGAGGUACUGGCACGCCUCUGGUCACAACUGGCGGCUUCACGUUCGACUUUGUCAAACCAAAGAAGACAUGUCAAGAUGAGUUUUAUAUGCUUGUCAGAGCUGGACCUCUCGGCUUUGAGGAUCUUGCCUAUUUCAUCAUAAAAUUGAUGGCAGCUGUGGGAGAACUAAGCUUCGGCACGAAUGGGCCGGCUCGACCGGAAUGGUGCCACGGCCUCACAGAAAGCCGACGUGAAACAACGCAAGACGUCGUUUUCAAAUGGAAGCAACUGCUGCUCAUCAACGAACCCGAGUCGCAGUUACAUAUCGCUGGCAAGUCAACCUGCCACCUCAUGAUGAAGACCUUUGCCAAUUUUCUGAAAAAAGAAGACAUACUUUAUACUCCGUGGGAUACUACAUCAGACGCUGGCCUGAACUACACAGAAAACCUGAAAUUUUACCUCGGCUACAAAUACACAAGUACUUAA